AUGGAAGAUAUCCGACCGACCGCAAGAUGGGCUAAUCGUAUGCUGCGUCCCUUGACCUCCGUCUACUAUCGACUGCAGAAACAUCACGAAAUCCAGACGAGUGUGGCGGACGCGAAGUUGAGAGAAAAGUCAGGUACGCGCGACACGGUUCCUACACAGCCAUCUAAGCCACCGGAGACCGAACAGGGUUGUUCAUACUCGGACGAGGAGCCCGGCGAUCCCGCUUGGAUCCCAGGGAAGCCGGAAAAACGACGAUUGCGGCAUAAUUAUUCGAGUCGGGGCCGAAAGGGGAUUGAGGUGCGACGACGUAGUCGGUUGUCGAUUCACAGUCCGGAAUUGCACAAGACCCUUCCCGGCGCCAUCGAGAUUGCGACACCCUUGAUCACUGGGACGGCACAGAGGCCCCAGGAGGUCUCAUCGUUCAGGAAACAACUCUUUCGAAAUGCCUUACCCCCUGCGGAUCCGACGACUUCGAGCGACCAGCGGAAGACGGCGCGGACGAACCAUAGUAAUUUCCCCUCUUACCAAGGUUCAUGGAAGCAGGUCCUCGAUUUGUCGGGGGAUGCAGGAUUGGUGCAUAUUGCACACUCUCUCGACCGCAUUUUUCUCAAACUGCUGCAUCGGACUCGGAUCGAUGAACCGAACCGGGGGACCCGGUCGUUACUGUCUAUGACCGUGCGACGUCUACCGGAAUUCAUUGCGGAAGAGCAGAAGAUACAGGAUGAAGCUGAUGGAGACAAGGAUGUGGACAUGUGUGAUGCAUAUUUUACCGAACUGGAGGCCCAUUAUGCCCCAGGCGGAAACGGAUGGCAACCCUUUCGCGAAGCGGUGCGUGCCCGAGGUAUUCAUCUAGUUUCGGAUAUGGUUCAAAAAGGAUGGAUUACCAAGCUGGCUGCCUGCCGACUUCUGGAGGAAUGUAUGGGCCAAGGUGAAUAUGAUGCGUUUGAAUUACUGAUGUCAAGGUACCUGGUGGCCCUUGACACAUACGAAUACCCCACCGCAUUCGAUUCGCACAGGCCUUUAAGUCAUUGUGAUGACCCGGUCCAUAUCCUGGGCGUUUACUAUUUACGGUCUACUGGCCGACGGUCGUUCGUGUUCGAUGAGCUCUCAAGGCUUCUUUUAUGUCGGGUUUUCCCUGCCGAGUGGAUGGUCACUACACUGUGGAAAAGAUGUGUUGAUGGAGCUAUCAAGUCCCUAUCAACCGGAGAUGGCGAUUCUGCGGCUGCCACACGGCUAAUAGAGGCUGUUAUCCUUUCCGCUGGUGCGGUUUACCACGAUACAGAAAUAGUCGUAUCUAGCGUAGAAUGUCGUGAGUGCUCACGAAGUACACGCACUUCAACGAAUAUGACCGCCUUACCCACGGAUUCGACGCCUUGCCCGAUUCCACUCCAAGAUGGAUUGAGCAAUCUCGUCUCAAGUCUCGUCACAGCGCUCUGUGGAAUGUGUGUCGCACGGUCGCAAGCCUCUGGAGCUAUCGAAAAAGCCUCCGGUGAGAAAGUUCGAUGCAUGGUCGAGCGUUUGGCCAUCAGCGUUCAGCGGACUAUUGGGGUGAAACCGCUCGCGCAUGGUGCUGAGGGCCCGACUGCUCGAUCCCUGCGCUGCACAUAUGUCUUGAUUGGGGACUACUUCUUGCGGUGCGGCCAGGACUUGCCUUCGACCGAAAUCUUUAGCCGCCAGGGCUCGAUUUCAAGGCGAAACUUCGAGUCAUUCUUCCUGUCGCUGGCCUCUCAGCACGACAUGGUCAAGGAAUUAGCGGAGUUGGUGCGGCAAGUGUUUCAUUGCUGCAGACAAGUGCGCAAGGGCGAUAAGUCCCGGACACCAAGGGAGGUCCGGGACAGAGUUUCCCAGUUGACUCAGUUGACGAGGGUACAAGGAGCAUCUCUACUGCUGGGAAAAGUGGCCGCAGAAACAGCCAUGGGACUCGCGGAAAUGACCUUGGAUCCGGAUGAUCAUGCCUGGGCCAUGGAGGUCCAAGAACAGGUUGUCGCCUUACAGCGAGGGCAGAAAGUGAAACAGUAUCCCAGGUCCACGCACGUCAGCGACACAGGCCUCUAUCGAUGGGAAGAGAGCAUUAGUGAAUGGGUAGCGAGCACCCCGGCACCCAAAACGAGGGCAGUGUAUGUGAACCUAUCUUCGAAACCGCUGGGCCAGCCGGCGUCGACCAUUGCGUCCUCUACAAAUAGCACCUCGUCCAGCCCCAGCGAGUCGGGAGAGACUGCGUCGAGCAUCACGUCAUCGACACCAUCGGUCACCACUAAGAGGCCAUGCGGCAGCGCAGACCGGGCGCCCAAAAGGCUUCGGUCAACGCCCGAGGAGCGAAAUGCUGGAGCAGCAAAGGAAUGGCCCCGUCUUCCCCUGAGCCUCCUGCGUACUUCUUCGUCUGAGUCAGAUGGAGCACCGAUAGCCGCCCGCACGCGAACUGCUCAGGCCUUGAAGGAAUCGGGGCCUGCGCCGACGACGAGGAGUCCCCAAGGCGCAAUUACUACCCGAAUCCAAGUGGUCAUUGUGCACCGCAAAAGCGAAGGUGCUACGUCGAAUCAGUCUGCACCCAGCUCUUCUACAGAACCGAUUGGGCCGCGCACCCGUUCGGCGCACAAGGUCUGUAACACACCAGACGUCGCCCGAGCUCCUCGUAGAUCGCUCAGGGCCGCUGCCAGAGCAUCGCGUGGACGGAUGCGGCGGGAGCUCUCCAGCACAUUGGAUGAGGACAGCGAUGAUGAGCUAAGCUUUGUGUAG